AUGUCAUCCACAUCCACCACUACCCCGGUCGCGACUUCGAUCAAGAAGGAAAAGGAUCAUCUUGCUUCUCCAGCACCUCCUUCGCUCGUGACCAACUCGUCUCGAAUCGCCUCCACCUCGUACUCUACUGCAACCUCGCUGUCGGCGAGCUUCGAGCCGCUUUCCUCGUCCGAGAUCCUCGAACGUGUCCCUAGCCCUGUUGUACGUUUAGCUGCCGCGUUGGGGCCUACCAUCCAUGCUUUCUACCGCUUCAUCCGCCUUGCCACCUGGACGGGAGGCAAAGGCUCCACCUCUUCGUCCAUGCUGCUGCUCCUCUCGUUCUGGUUGACAUGCGCCUUUGGCUACGAACUGUUGCGGUAUGCUCCUCAAGCUCUGCUGCUCGGCUGGAUUGGCUAUGCUGGGAUCCGAAGACAACUCGCGUUUGCUCGUCCUCGUUCGCAUUCUCCCGCCAAACUCAUCGAAAAGUACGAUGUGGUAUCGGCCGCUUCGCUCAAUGCGACGCUGCUCGAGCUGAGCGAGUUGGCCGACUUUUUCUCGUCACUGCGAAGGAAUGUACUUGUGCCCGCAGUACAGCUGGUCUCAUGGGAUCCAAGCCCGAUGAGGACAAAGGCGAUUGCGGCGUUCUUGCUUCUUACUUGGCCGUUGUGGCUUUUGGCCUUCCUGCCGUUGAGGCAGAGUGGCUUCCCCAGCCUGGUGCUUCCUGUCUCGGCAAGUGGCAUUUUGGCCGCCAUCGCCAGGUGGGACGCUUACGUCUAUCAUCACAUCCUCAAACUCAUCGGUCCUGAUCACAUCGCUACGUUCCACGCCAAAGCUGCGCCGGUGUACGCGCACUAUGACAGUCUCUCGGCGUUUUUGGCCAAGACACCGCUUCCGCUCAUCUACGCAUACGGCGCAGACCUCGCCUCGCGCGUCCGAUGGGAGCAGUGGACCGAAUUUAACCUGACCCUACUGCCUCCUUACCCUAUCGGUGCGCUCACUGUGCGAAGCUUGGUCUGCUUUGUCGGCACAGUGGCGCUCACGUGGUGUUCUCCUUGGUGCAGUCUGUUCCGCCAGGCCAUAUGGAAGAGCGCCACAAUCCGACGUAUUGUUCGUGGCACAGGUCGAUUGCUCAGCGGUCAAUUUUCGGCCCGUGACGCGUACGGGAAAGGCAACCUCGAUGACGAAUGGGCACACGGAAUGUAUCAUGAUGACGGUUCCGAGUUGCCGGCUGCUGGCAAAGUCGACACUGCUUCCGUCGGUAAGCCGACAAAGCUGGAUGGCGCGGAUGACAAAAUAGUUCGACACGAAGACGUGGUGUAUCAGUUCUCGAUUUUCGAGAACCAACGUUGGUGGGUCGGGCUGGACUGGACAGCUGCGCUGUUGCCUCAGGAACGCCCUUCUUGGUCGGACGAAGCCAACAACCCGGUUUCACCGCCUUCGUCGUUCAGUCUGCCGGCGACCAAAAUCAUGCUCACCCCUGCGCCGACGCACACUGACCCCAAAGCGUUCACCAGAAGGACGAUCAAGUGGCAAUGGGUGGAUCCCGAAUGGUCUGUAGCCGGCGUUUCGAGUCGUGGUUACUAUCCGAGUACCACCGUGUACAAGGGAAGUGCCAAGGAAGCGGCUAUUAAGUCGGCCAACGCGGUAGGGGACAAAGAUGCGCUGGCGGCUGCUAAGCAGGGGUAUCUGGGCGAUGCGUUGAACCGGAUCCGUGCCAAAACGUCGGGUGGAAUCGAGGUCGGUGAGGAUGUGGUGGGCGAUGUGGGAACUACGGUGCAUAGAGUGACUGGCGAAGGCGAGGCAGAUUGGGACGUAGAUGCUGAGGGCUGGCAGUACGGUGAUAAUGCGUGGGAAAAGAUGUCCAAGAGGAGCGGAAUGGGCAGGUACACGAGGAGGCGCAAGUGGGUGAGAAGGGCGGUGCUAUUGGAGGUGGUGGAAUAUGGCGUUCAUGGGCCGAGCCCGGCUGCUAGUUCGUCGGCUUCCGCAGCUGGGCGCGCUUCCUCGAGUGAUAGUGGAACUAAGGAGGAUGAAGAGGACAAGGUCGAGGAUGACGACAAGGUGGAUGGCGUGAAUUCGUCCUUGGUGCCCAAGCUUGACACUGAUGUUGUGGCGGCUAGCACCACGGACCCUGGCGACGAUGCCGAGUCUCGUUCGGCUUCCGGUGCACUUGCGGUCAAAAGGCCCAGCAUCUCGGAUCGGCUAGCAAAAGCAGCACAUUAA